GCGACGGACGUCGUCACUGCCCUUUUUUUCUUUUCGAUAUAUUUUAAUAAACAAACGCUUGUAUUUUUAUUUAUCAAUAAAAAGUGACUUUUGGGGAUUCGAGUGACAGUGGAUAAUUGGAUGUUCGAUAAGAAAUUUUAGUGUUAUUAAGUUUCUUUAAUUAAUUUGACAAGUGCGCAUGUGAAUUGUGUUGUAUUUAUUAUUAUGCGAAUGGAUUGCUGCCGCCACAAUACAGUUUGACACGAGGUGACCUGACAUUUACUUAUCAGUCAAAUGCAGCUGUGAACGGUGAAUAUGGUAAAAACAGAAGAAUGAGAAGCCAACAAGAAAUUUGUAUAAUCAAUAAUGUACAAAGAACUUCAUUGUAACAAUAUAAUGACUAUGAAAAAGAAAAUGGAGUUACUAAGAUUCGAGUUAACCUGACGAAAGAUUUAAUUGGUGCUUUAUAAUUUGUGAUUGAACUAAUUCGUGAUGCUUAUAAUAAAACUGUAAAAGUGAUUAGUUUAGUGGGACUAGGUGAUGACAUAUUUCUAGGACUUUAAAUAAUGCCUGAUCGGGAGUCGGUAGGAGGUCCUGGGACUGCAGGCAGCGGUGGUUUCCUACCACUACAGUUUCCCUCGGCUUUUGCGGCUUUCCACGCUUCAACGCCUCCUGGUGCUCCGGCAACAGCCAUGCAUCAUGCAACGCAUUAUCAUCACCACGCACAAUUAGCAGCAGCAGCGGCGGCGGCAGCUGGUGCUACAGGUGAAUUGAGCUACCUCGCCGCCCUCCACCCAGCUUACCGCCCCGUGCCUUAUGACCAUCCACUAUAUGGUGCUAAUACUUUAAGAGGCUUAGAAUAUUUAAGCGCAGCCCGCAGUUUACAUCCAGAACUGCAUGCGGGAAGCACGCUAGCGAGUCAAGAUUUUCAGCUUAGCUUAGAAGGAUCAAGAAUAGCUUCUCCAAAUCGUCUUAGGUUAUCAGGAGGGGCUAUAGGCGCUUCUGCUAACAGAAAAAGAGCUGUAUCCUGGAGUCCAUAUUCAGCUGAAUCUUUGGACCUAGCAGCUGUGAUCAGAGCAUCGCCAGCAAGCUUAGCGGUCAGAGCUCCAUCUGCAGCGUCCACUGGCAGCUAUGGACAUCUCAGUGCUGGUGCAAUAUCUCCCGCGCUCUCCCUUUCACACGCAUCACUUGCCCAACAACUCUUGGCUCGUGGUGGUGUUGUUGGUGGGAGUGGGGUGUUACCUGGGGGCGUCUUGCUCGAUCCUGCUCACCAACAAGCGGCGGCGGCUGCUGCACAUCAUGCUGCCCACGCGCAUCUUGUUGCUGGAAUUCAUAGAUCUCACAUAUCCUCGCCGACGCAGCUGUUAAUAGGUGGCCCAGUAGACGUAAGGCCUGGAUUGGGAACACCACCACAGCACAUGCAACAACCACAACAGCAACCUGAGAUCACCAGCGUGAUGGAAGCUGAUAGUUAUUACUUUUUACACAGUGCAUCAACAGCUAUGACCCAACGCAAGUCACCACCAGGCCUAUCAGCACAUAGGGAGAACAUGCACAGCAAUAAACCCUUAUCAGCAGCAGCAGAGAGUACUGUCCACGACGGCUUAGAUUCAAAAGACGAACCUGGGGACUUCAUUGAAACCAAUUGUCAUUGGGUCGAUUGUAAAUUAGAAUUUCCAACCCAAGAUGAUCUGGUCAAGCACAUAAAUACGGACCACAUUCAUGCCAGUAAAAAGGCGUUCGUGUGCCGUUGGGUCGGAUGUUCCAGAGACGAAAAACCAUUCAAGGCUCAAUAUAUGUUGGUUGUGCACAUGCGGAGACAUACUGGCGAAAAACCGCAUAAAUGUACAUUCGAGGGUUGCUGUAAAGCAUACUCUCGGUUGGAAAAUCUGAAGACCCAUUUACGAAGCCAUACCGGGGAGAAACCGUACACUUGCGAAUAUCCUGGUUGCGCGAAAGCAUUUUCCAAUGCCAGUGACCGGGCUAAGCACCAGAAUAGAACACAUAGCAAUGAGAAACCAUACGUUUGCAAAGCACCUGGAUGUACCAAAAGAUAUACUGACCCAUCAUCUCUUCGAAAGCAUGUCAAGACGGUACAUGGUGCAGAAUUCUACGCCAGUAAGAAGCAUAAAGGUUGUAGUCGAGGUGAUGACUCAGCCGAGUCAGGGGGCGGCGGCGCCGGCUCGUCCCCGCGCUCGGAGGAGGGCGGCGUGCCCGUCGGGGUCCGCGGACACGCGUCCUCUGCCUCCGUCAAGAGCGAGAGCCCCGCGUCUCCCUUACCUCAUGGUCUUCAUACACCGGCACAUCAGUUAUCGGCACAAUGCGGAGGAGAUCUCGACUUCGGCGGAUCAGGUCUUGGUGGUUUUAGUGAUGAGAACGGCGCUCCUUACUUCAGACUUGACGGCGAGGUCGAGCAGGAAGUGGUCGGCGAAGUUGGUCAGUUGCCACUGAUGUUGCGCGCGAUGGUCGCUAUCGGCGAGCCGCGCGCGCACCACCACGCGCCGCGCUUUGGGAACAAGAUGGGCGUCGGGAGAUUGAUGCCGCCCAUUCAUGGCGCUGAUAUUGGUGGAGGUAUAAUGCCAGGUAGAACAGAGAUCGGAGGAACAAAUGUGACGGUCGAACUUAAAACUGGCCAUCCGAACACGAGGCGAGAUUCUGGUAUUUCUUCGGGUAGCAGCUUAUACAGUGCUAGAUCCUCAGACAUUUCACGCAAAAGUAGCCAAGCCUCCGUCGUGUCAGGUGCGGUCGCAACCACGACAGGCAUCGCCGGCCCACAGCGAUUAUUAUCACACCACUCAACUGUGUAUGACCAGCUUUCUCCAGAUAGCAGUCGAAGGUCUAGUCAAGUAUCAUGCGUGGGUUACGCGCCACCACCUUCAUCAGCGCUGGCAGCUGUUCAAGCUGUGAGAACAUCGCAAGGAAAUCAAGCCGUCUUACUACGAGGUGUUACAUGUUCAGAAGUCAGAGCAGAAGAAUUAGCAUUGGAACUAGAUCCCAACGUGCAAGUAAAGGAGGAGGCCAGGAGGCUCUCAGAACAAUCUAACCUUAGUGACCAAGCCCAGGGCUACCAACCAUACCCGUGUAAUAAUGAUGAUGUGGGUGAUGCACCAUUUCCUUUUAAAACGGAGGAUGACCAUGAAGUGAACUAUAAAGAGUCUCGUUCGAACUCUACCACUACUGUGGUCAUCACUACAGCCCAAGUUCAUCACCCAAAUCAAGAAGUUAACCUUGAACAGGUGGCUGAAGGAGAAAUGGUGGAGAACAAGCUGGUGAUACCAGACGAAAUGAUGCAAUAUCUUAACCAAUCAAUAUUGGGAACCGAGUCGGGAGCACCAGCGAAAACGGACUCCACCAACCCAGAACCUGCAGUAACAAGCGAAGAAAAAGACACUACUACCAAAGACACUAUAAAUAGUGAAAUUCAAAACACGAACAAUUCCAGUGACAAAAUCAGUGAUGUUGCAACAAGUGACGAUUCUCUUCUUAAAAAUCUAGGUGCCAUAGGAAGUGAUCUCAAUAUAAGUGAUAUCCAAGUCGAUUUAAGGUCGUUAGAUGUUAGUAUGUCUGGCAACAGUGGCUCUCUUUUAGUUGCUAAAUCUCCAGAUGACAAAAAUCCCCCUCUCCAAGAACAAGUUAUCCCCGAAGUGGUGACAGAAAAGUGUGAACAAGAUUUUUCAAAACCUCCCAAAUCAAAUGCUUCAGCAAAUAAUCCUUUACAGUCCCUCCAAACUAUGACCGCAAACCAAACUGAGCAAUCGAAUAGAAUGAGAAUGAACAAUUCACUAACUCAAAAACCCGCUAUGAGUCCUAAGACUAUUGUUAUGAGUCCACAAACAGUCAUGAGUCCUAAUUUAGCCCAUAGCAUGCUUAGUCCUCAGAGUCUUCCACAUAGCUCAAUGAGCCCUCAAAGUGUUAGAAGUCCGCAGCACAUGCCUCAUGGAGUCAUGAGUCCCCCAAGUAUAUAUAACGUUAUGAGUCCCCAAAGUGUUAUGAGUGUGAUGUCUCCACAACACAACGCUAUGAGUCCGCAAAGUAUGCAAAGUCUUUUGAGUCCACAAAUGCCUAACCAAAUGAUGAUGAGUCCUAGACAUAACAAUAUUGGGAGUCCUAAUUCCCAAAAUAUUGCUAGUCCCAUGAUGAACAUGGCGAGUCCAAUGGCUCAAAAUAUUGCUAGUCCAAUGAGCCACGGCAUGCAGAGUCCUAUGCAUCCAGGGUUGCAAAGUCCGAUUACAAGUCCAAUGGUACAAAAUAUUUCUAACAUGACAAUGAAUGUUCAACCCGUUCAAAACCAAAACCAAAAUAUGAUGAUGAAUAUAAAUUCGUCUCAGCUGAUGACAGCACCGCCAUAUAAUAAUCGUCAGAAUUGUAAUAAUAAAGUCCCUAAUAAAAACUAUAAUAAUGUUCCUAAUCAAUACCAAAACCAAAAUUACAAUCAAGCACCGCCAUAUCCUGUACAAAACCAGGUGAACCUUAAUAUGAGGAAUCAAAAUAUGCAGCAAUACCAAAUAAUGCAGCAUUACAAUCAAAAUCAAACACAAAUGCCUGUUAUGGCAAACCAGAACUUAUUAUAUAAUAACCAGAUGAUAAAUUAUACGCAGCCGAUGAACUAUUCAAACCAAAGUAAUCAAAUGCACCCAAUGCAAAUAUCUAGAUCAUCCAUGAUGAGUGUUGACAACAGUGGCAACAUGAGUCGGGGCGCUUUAAACAGUUAUUGUGAACAACAACCCCAAUGUCAACCAGUACAAAAUGCCCAAUGCAAUCAAAAUAUACAAUACCAUCAACCACCUCCAUACAAUUCCGUGACCAACGCUGCUAAUGUAAUGGGUCCACCGCCUCCAAAGAACAACCACCAAUAUAACCAGGCUAUGAUGAACAAUAACCAAUAUUAUAGCCAUCAAAGAUCCUAUAACCAAUGGGAUUAUCCUGGUAAUCAGUUCAAUAAACACAACAUGCAAAAGUCUAUGCAAAACUCUGUUAAUAUGUCGACUGGGAGUCAGAAACCAGGUAACGGUACAAGAAUACCGAUGAACUGUAAUCAAAUCGUUAAAAAUGGGGAACAGCAAACCGAUUGCAGUAUGAACAGUUUGAGGAGUCAAAACAAUCAAGCCGAUGUCCAGGUGUGGGACAUAUCGCAAUCACAAAUAGAGGCUACAAAUGGAAGGAAGAAGAACCAGAAUACCAUGCGUCAAGAAACUUAUCAGAGGACGUUGGAAUACGUGGAGAAUUGUGAAAACUGGAAGAGUUCGGAAAUGGUUUCAAGUAGUACACACCCCUUACAAGGCGGCGACAAUAUGGUUGUGAAUGAUCUGCAAACUUCGCUAUCUUCGUUUUAUGAAGAAAAUCAAUAUUUACAAAUGAUACAAUAGUUUUUAAUGUAACAGUCUAGAACGUAAACGGGUUUUGAAUUUUAUGUUAAUAAAUUUUUUGAAUUUGCUCGAGACUGAUUAAUUUUAAAUUCUAAAUUUAUAAUCUCUUUUAUGUACGCUAGAUAAGCGUCAUUAAUUUUAAUUCAACCAUUUCGAAAUAACUUAGACUAUAGAUCUUGAAUUUUUGGUCAUCAUCAUCAACAGCCAAUCAUUGUCCACUGCUGAACAUAGGCCUCUCCCAAGGUGCGCCAAAGCUCCCUGUUUCCGCCUUCCGCAUCCAGUUUUUGGUAUCACUUUCUAAUUCAUUUUUUAAAACUCAGUUAUCUUAGAUAUAAGAAACGCCGUGCUAGCUUUAAAAAGACACGCACAACUGUUAGAUAUUCUUGUAAAUAAUGUAAAAUUUUUGCUUAAUAAUUGUCUUCCAACUGUUUUAAUUACAAUAGCAACUUACUUAAAUUGAGUAAGUAAUUUAAAAAAAAAAGUGCCUAAAUAAUUGUACAUUUAACGAUGAAUUUUCAAAGUGCCUCUAUAUUUUAAAAUAAGAUUUAUGUACUCUUGGUGCAUUUUCAGGAUUAAUAUUAAAAUUAUAUAAGCAUUAAGUUAGAACUUCGGUUAAUAUAAGUUCCCACUGAGAUUAUUAAAUAAACUUAAGUGUACAAAGUAGAUUUGUUUUUUUUAGAAUUUUUACAAAUGUUAAAACUUACGUAAGUGUCUUAUUAAGGAUUACAUUGUAGAUCUAUUUUAAUCUAUAUUAUUGCAAUAUAUGAAGCAGUGUUUCGAAGACAACGAAUCUCCUAGAUUAAUGAUUUAUAUGAGAUUACUAGAGUAAGGUAUUGUUAUUAAUAUUUAAAAUAAAUAAUGAACAACGCACAAAUAAGGAAAAUACUGUAUUUUGUAAUAAAUUAUUGUUUGUAAAAAAAUCUCU